AUGGUGGAGACUGGCUCCGUUGCCGGGGGUCCGCCCGAGGGGCAGACCGACGCAUCAAGUCACGACCAUAGCAUCGCGCGCCGUAUGAACAAUUACCCUGCGCUAUCUUGGUUGACCGAGGCGUUCCUACAGACGCAGGACCGUUCCGCGAGGAUCGCCGUCGGCAGCCCCCGCUCCGGAGUCGGCAUCCUCGGGCUCGGGCUGCUGGAGCACCACAUCAAUCUCCUGCCGACCAUGCGGCACGCCGACGCGGUGCCCAUGUUCGACCACGCGGCGGGUAGGGCCAGAUACCUUGGUUGGCGGCAGAAGGUGGCGACGUGGCCGCUUUCCCAGCAGGAGGCGAUGAAUAAUCGGACCUUUGCCGUUUGA